UUAGCUAAAAAAAUGAUUGAUAGCAUUCCAAAAAUACAUAAUUAUGCACCAGUAUAUGCCUUGUGGGGCUACAUUAUAUUAAAUCAACAUACAUAUAUAACUAUAGUAUAAAAAAAAAAACUUUAUAGUUUUACAAUAAUGCUUCAUCAUUUGAGGAUGUGAUUUUCAGAGAAAAAGAGCUAUUUUAGAUAGGUAUUAGCAGUAGUUUAUUUCUGGUCUUUGGUCACUUUGCAGGUAAAGUUGAAGAAUGUUUAUCUGCUCACAAUGUGUUUGCUAAAAUGACUCACUGAGAUUUUUGCUUUAUUUGCAUGCUCUGUCUUGGUUUCUUGGUUCUUGAAAGUGAUUUUUAAGUAAAUUUUUCUUGGUUUUUUUUAAUAAGUUUUAAGAAUUCAUAAGUUGGUUUGAAAAAAGAUGAAAUCUUUGAGUAGUGUAGGGCUUGGUUUAAGCAUAGUUUUUGGGUGCUUAUUAUUAGCUUUAAUGGCUGAGCUUUACUACUUAUUAUGGUGGAAAAAGAGACUCACAAACAGAGAGAUUAUUGAAGAUGAUUGGAGCAGUCCAGCAAGAGAGUUUCUUUACAUGUUUUGUCUAAAAAAACCAAGACAUUCUCAAGAAUUUUGUUCAUCAGUAAGAAUAACAGACACUCUUGUGAACCAUGAUGAUCUUGAUAACAAAGAUUUUAUGUUCAAACCUUUUGAUGAACAUGAUCAUCAAGAUCAUGAUGAUCAUACUGUGGAGGAAGAGUUAAUGAGAUUGAAUAGCUUAGCUGGUCCACCAAGGUUUUUGUUCACAAUUAUUGAAGAAACUAAGGAGGAUUUAGAGUCUGAAGAUGGUGAUAAAUUGGUUGUGAAUGUAGAAGAAACUCCAUAUCUAACACCAUUUGCUUCACCACCUUUUUUUACUCCACCACUUACUCCUAUGGACAGUCAUUACAGUACUCAGAUUAGUAGGUUUAACUAUCUUUUUGAAUCAGCUGCAGACUCUGAGUUUAACAAGAGAAUCAGAUCAUCACCUUCCUCUUCGUCGCCGCCUCCGAAAUUCAAGUUUUUGCAGGAUGCAGAGGAGAAGCUUCAGAAGAGGAAACUUAUGGAAGAGCAGAAUCAAGAUUGUAAUUCAAGAACUGGUUUUGGUAAAGAUGAAGAAGAUGGGCCUUUUAUUACCAUCAUUGUUGAUAGAAACAAAGAAAAAGAUUUGGUUAUGCAUAAUCAAGUUCCACAGUUUCAUUCAAGCACUGGCUCUCAGGUACUUCCUCUAGCUUGUUCACCAUCAGAAGCCAGAAAAAAAGUUCCAUUUUCAGUUAAUUUACCUAAUGGUUGAUUAGUUGUGGUUAACGAUGGUUAAAUGCUGAUUAGUUUUGGUUUUAGGAUUUUUUUUGAGUUAUUUGCAUAUUAAUUCUCAACGUUUCACGUUUGUAGCGACUUAAUCUCAUUCUUUAAAACUCUACAUCGCACGUUCCAAUCUUUUAGCCGUGCCGUUUAUGCACACGUGAAAGUGCGAAAGGCCGGGAUGACCGAUGCGACGUUUGAAAAAAUGAGAUUAAAUCGCUACAAACCUGAAAUGUUUAAAAUUUGAUAUGUGAAUAACAUUUUUUCUUUGUAUUUGUGCUGUUGUGGCAUUAGAAUUUGUUGAAAGGUGUGAGGCAAGUGGAAGUGGUGGGCUGAGUGGGGUUAGUUGUUUUUAUUAAAAACUCCAUGUCUACUUGAGCUGUCUUGUACAGGUAAUCAUUCUGCUGUUGCCUGGUUCUGUCUGCAAAACAAGCACUGUAAAAAAACAAUGGAGAAAAUUGAAUAGAAGAAACUGUUUGAGGACCAAA